GUCAAGCGCGCAGCGUCGCCAGCCGCUGCAGGUGCGGAUCGUGGGGAGCACUGGGCAACAACCAUAGCCUGCCGCGGAGGGUCCUGCUCCGCACUGCUGGCCAGGCUGCCCAGUGCCAGGGCCUUUCAGUCUUUGGAGCGGAUCGCUGUCACCGGGAACCCUCCCGCAGCAACAGCAACAGCCAGAGCAGAGGCCGCGGUGGCGGCUGUGCCCAUGCCGGGGUGUUCACACUUAGCCUCUUUUCCACCACCACCUUGCCUCACCUCAGCACUGGGAUCUUAGGUGGCCACCUGUCCCAAGCUGCAUCUGAGUGGAGGCUGAAUCUGUGAAAAGGCCUGACAGACAGGAUGGGAGACAUGGUGAACAGUUCCAUCGAGUUCCACCCCAAGCCCCAGCAGCAGCGGGAAGCGCCCCAUGUGGGUGGCUUUGGGUGCACGCUGGCAGAGCUACGCAGCCUCAUGGAGCUCCGAGGGGCUGAGGCACUGCAGAAGAUACAGGAAGCCUAUGGAGAUGUCAGCGGGCUGUGCAGGAGACUGAAGACCUCACCUACUGAGGGACUGGCAGACAACACCAAUGACUUGGAGAAACGUAGGCAGAUCUAUGGGCAGAACUUCAUCCCCCCCAAACAGCCCAAGACCUUCCUGCAGCUGGUGUGGGAAGCCCUACAGGACGUGACUCUCAUCAUCCUGGAGGUGGCUGCCAUUGUCUCCCUGGGUCUCUCCUUCUAUGUACCGCCUGGAGAGGAAAGUGAAGCCUGUGGGAAUGUGUCAGGUGGGGCAGAGGAUGAAGGCGAGGCCGAGGCUGGCUGGAUCGAGGGGGCUGCCAUCCUACUCUCUGUCAUCUGUGUGGUACUGGUCACAGCCUUCAAUGACUGGAGUAAGGAAAAGCAGUUUCGAGGUCUUCAGAGCCGUAUUGAACAGGAGCAGAAGUUUACUGUCAUUCGAAAUGGACAGCUCCUCCAGGUCCCUGUGGCAGCACUGGUGGUAGGGGACAUUGCCCAGGUCAAAUACGGAGACCUUCUGCCUGCUGAUGGUGUGCUCAUCCAAGGCAAUGACCUCAAGAUCGACGAGAGCUCCCUGACUGGCGAGUCGGACCAUGUACGCAAAUCAGCUGACAAAGAUCCUAUGCUGCUCUCAGGCACUCAUGUCAUGGAAGGUUCUGGAAGAAUGGUGAUAACAGCUGUUGGUGUGAACUCCCAGACAGGCAUUAUCUUUACAUUGCUUGGGGCAGGUGGAGAGGAGGAGGAGAAGAAAGACAAGAAAGGCAAGCAGCAGGAUGGGGCGAUGGACAAUAGCCAGACCAGAGCUAAGAAGCAGGAUGGGGCUGUUGCCAUGGAAAUGCAGCCCCUGAAGAGUGCCGAGGGUGGGGAAAUGGAGGAGCGUGAAAAGAAGAAAGCCAACGUACCCAAGAAGGAGAAGUCAGUCCUGCAAGGGAAGCUCACAAAACUGGCUGUGCAGAUUGGGAAAGCAGGAUUGGUGAUGUCUGCUAUCACUGUCAUUAUCCUGGUCCUCUACUUUGUGAUUGAGACCUUCGUCGUGGAUGGCAGGGUGUGGCUGGCAGAGUGCACACCCGUCUAUGUGCAGUACUUUGUGAAGUUCUUCAUUAUUGGAGUCACUGUGUUGGUUGUGGCUGUCCCUGAAGGCCUUCCUCUUGCUGUCACUAUCUCCUUGGCUUACUCUGUCAAGAAAAUGAUGAAGGACAACAACCUGGUACGCCACCUGGAUGCCUGUGAGACUAUGGGCAAUGCCACAGCCAUCUGUUCUGACAAGACAGGCACGCUCACCACCAACCGCAUGACCGUGGUCCAGUCCUACCUAGGAGACACUCACUACAAAGAGAUUCCAGCUCCCAGCGCCCUGACCCCCAAGAUUCUUGACCUUCUGGUCCAUGCCAUCUCCAUCAACAGUGCCUACACCACCAAAAUACUACCUCCAGAGAAGGAAGGCGCUCUCCCACGCCAGGUGGGCAACAAAACAGAGUGUGCUCUGCUGGGCUUCAUCUUGGACCUGAAACGUGACUUCCAGCCUGUACGAGAGCAGAUACCGGAAGAUAAGCUUUACAAAGUAUACACCUUCAAUUCAGUUCGCAAGUCCAUGAGCACAGUUAUCCGCAUGCCUGAUGGUGGCUUCCGCCUCUUCAGCAAGGGAGCCUCAGAGAUCCUUCUCAAAAAGUGUACAAACAUCUUAAACAGCAAUGGUGAACUCAGAGGAUUUCGUCCUCGGGACCGGGAUGACAUGGUGAAAAAGAUCAUUGAGCCUAUGGCUUGUGAUGGCCUCCGCACCAUCUGCAUUGCCUACAGGGACUUCUCUGCAAUCCAGGAGCCAGACUGGGACAAUGAGAAUGAGGUGGUGGGUGACCUUACCUGCAUAGCUGUCGUGGGCAUCGAGGACCCUGUGCGACCUGAGGUCCCAGAAGCCAUUCGCAAAUGCCAGCGUGCUGGCAUCACAGUCCGUAUGGUGACUGGAGACAACAUCAACACCGCCCGGGCUAUCGCAGCUAAGUGUGGCAUCAUCCAGCCAGGGGAAGACUUCCUGUGCCUGGAAGGGAAGGAAUUCAAUAGAAGGAUUCGAAACGAGAAAGGCGAGAUAGAACAGGAGCGGCUGGACAAGGUGUGGCCCAAGCUUCGGGUGCUGGCCCGGUCAUCUCCCACUGACAAACACACUCUAGUCAAAGGUAUUAUUGAUAGCACGACUGGUGAGCAGCGGCAGGUGGUGGCUGUGACUGGGGAUGGCACCAACGACGGGCCAGCCCUCAAAAAGGCAGAUGUGGGCUUUGCCAUGGGCAUUGCAGGCACUGAUGUGGCUAAGGAGGCCUCUGACAUCAUCCUUACCGAUGACAACUUCACCAGCAUUGUCAAGGCGGUCAUGUGGGGCCGCAAUGUCUACGACAGCAUCUCCAAGUUCCUGCAGUUUCAGUUGACAGUCAAUGUGGUAGCUGUGAUCGUGGCCUUCACGGGUGCCUGCAUUACUCAGGACUCUCCUCUCAAAGCUGUGCAGAUGUUGUGGGUGAACUUGAUCAUGGACACAUUUGCCUCACUUGCCCUGGCAACCGAACCCCCAACUGAGUCACUCCUGCUGCGGAAGCCAUACGGCCGGGACAAGCCUCUCAUCUCACGCACCAUGAUGAAGAACAUCCUUGGACAUGCUGUCUACCAGCUCACCAUCAUCUUUACCCUACUCUUUGUUGGAGAGCUCUUCUUCGACAUUGACAGUGGAAGGAAUGCACCCCUGCACUCGCCACCCUCAGAGCACUACACUAUCAUCUUCAACACCUUCGUCAUGAUGCAGCUUUUCAAUGAGAUCAAUGCCCGCAAGAUCCAUGGUGAAAGGAAUGUCUUUGAUGGCAUCUUCAGCAAUCCGAUCUUCUGCAGCAUUGUCCUCGGCACCUUUGGAAUUCAGAUUGUCAUUGUCCAAUUUGGUGGGAAGCCCUUCAGCUGUUCCCCACUGUCCGCAGAACAGUGGCUCUGGUGCCUGUUUGUUGGUGUUGGGGAGCUAGUCUGGGGACAGGUCAUUGCCACCAUCCCCACCAGCCAGCUCAAGUGCCUGAAGGAAGCAGGGCAUGGGCCUGGGAAGGACGAGAUGACUGAUGAGGAGCUAGCCGAGGGGGAGGAAGAAAUUGACCAUGCUGAGCGAGAGCUCCGCAGGGGCCAGAUCCUCUGGUUCCGGGGCCUCAACCGGAUCCAGACACAGAUGGAGGUAGUGAGUACCUUCAAGAGAAGCGGGUCAUUUCAGGGUGCUGUGCGCCGGCGGUCUUCAGUCCUCAGCCAGCUCCAUGACAUCCGGGUGGUGAAAGCAUUCCGUAGCUCGCUUUAUGAAGGCCUGGAGAAACCAGAAUCCAAGAGCUGCAUCCAUAAUUUCAUGGCAACACCUGAGUUUCUUAUCAAUGACUACACCCACAACAUCCCGCUCAUCGAUGACACGGAUGUGGAUGAAAAUGAAGAACGCCUGAGGGCCCCACCUCCCCCACCCCCUAACCAGAACAACAAUGCCAUAGACAGCGGCAUCUACCUGACCAUGCAUGCCACCAAGUCAGCUACCUCUUCAGCAUUCUCUUCCAGGCCCGGGAGCCCACUCCACAGCAUGGAGACAUCCCUCUAACUGAAACUUUUCUCAGCACAUGUGCAUGCAUGCACACACACACACACACACACACACACACAUCUACACACACACACAUGCACACACACAUAUGCAGUCACACAUGCAUACACAGAGAAGGGAACCCGUGCACCUGCCAAAGAGGGAAAUGACUAAUGUGGUUAAAGACUUUUCUUACAUGGUAUUGACAAGAAGCCAAUUGCAUUCAAUAAGGGCACAGCCCACUAGGCUUCAGACCAGGCUCCCAGGAUGUGGGGGAGGGAGAAUGAAGGAAAAUGGAGGAAGGGAGUUCUUCACCCAAUGUGAAGAGAAAAGAGAGCAUGAGACAAGAUGCAUUUCCCACCUUUUUUUCUACUGAUGCUUCUCUCUCUCUCUUUUUUAAUGAACACUAGUUCCACCCUGUGUUCACCGUUGGGGUUGUACAGCAUGGUAGGGGCUAGCUGAACCUAUCUGGAGCUUUGCUGCACCCAUAUCCCCCACCCCCACAAAAGUGUAUCGAAACCAAGGAGGUCACUGUGCACACUGUGCAGACAGGACACCAGGGGGAGCCACUUGCAAAUGUACCUUCUACUGCAAAGCACACUAGACCCACCUGCAGACCACAUGUGCGUGCGUGUGUCUAUAUGUAUGUGUGUCUAUAUGCAUAUACACAUAUAUGGCAAAAUUAAUAUUUAAAGAAUAAGGAAGCACUUAUCGGCAUGAUAUUUUCAUUCCUCUCAUUAGGCAUUUUCCUUUUGAAGUUUCAUUUUGAAUGUAGCAAGGUUCUUUUCAGGGAACAAGACUGCAAGAACAUCCUCUCAGUACUGUACUUCCCUUCCCAAACCCUUGACCUAAGUAUCUCCAUGCCUGAUCCUGCUGAGAUUUCAGUGAAGGCAGUCUGGGGAGUGCUGUGCAAGGAUGCCUUGCACUUAGAACCUUUGCACUUUGAGACCUCUGCCUGUAGAGGAGAAAGACUUUUCAAUGGCAUUUUUAUUUAAAAGGAAAAUACCAAAGUAUCGAUGACAGUGGUCCCCUCCAACGCACAGCAAGACAAGUUUUGGUUUUGGCUUCCUUCCACUUCAUUUCCAACACCUUAAUUUUGGCUGGUGGCUUUCUUUGUCCAUACCCCAACUUUGAAAGCAUGAUGAACCCUAAGAACAGCUGUAAUGAAGCACAGACAAUGUGAGGCUUGACAUCUACAGAGGCCAUCUGAGGAAGAGUGGCCAUCAAAUUUAAGAUGUCAACUGCAAGGACAGUCCAGAUUUGUCCCUGUCAUUCCUCUGGACUUGCACUUUGUGCUUUGGCAAAUGAGAGUGAAUACUCACUGGACCACCUCAGUGUCUGCGAGGGCACGGACAUGCCACCUACCAAAGCAUGCUUACAAACCAGGUCUUGCCCACCGGGCAAAUACAACCCAGAAGGCAGAACUAUAGAAAUGGAGCCUUCUGGGAAAUGGCCAUCAUCAACUGUUACCAUUGUUCUUUUCUUGCUGGUGGCUCUUCUGGGUCUGUGGGCACUGAGUAUGAGGUCAGCAGACCUUGGGUCCACCCAGGCAGGUGAGACUUGAAAAUUCAGGUCUGACUACCCUGAGACAUUUUCCCCCAGGAGCCUGUCUCAGCAGUGUGGGCACCCAUUGUGCCGAGCCUGCUUUCCUAGAGAAGAAGGCAGAGGAAAGAGGUCUAAUGUCUGUUGGCCUGCCAAGGAAGCACAGGCUGAUGAGUCUCUUCUUAGUAGAAAGCUGACCUACCCCUGUGUUCCUAGAUCCUGAGUCUGGACACCCAAAGUGACACCAGUGAAACGGGCAGCAUCCUGCCCUUGAAGGUUCCUCCACCUUCUGAAGUUAUGGGUGUCACACUUUUCAGGAAGAUGUCUAGAAUCGCAUUCCACUCCCACACAUGCCUGUCACUUGGGUCUGAGGUUUGUCUGUUAAGACACAGAUGUGAGCUUUUUGUCUACCAAGAGAUAGGUGUGAGAUGGAGAAUAAAGACAGGCACCCUCAGGAGCUGCAUUUGCCCUACUUCGCUUCCACCUCGCCCCACAGAAAGCUUGUCUCAGCUGUCUGGCAUCCACAGAAAGUCAAAUCAACACUUGCUAUUUCCCCACUGGUCACACCAAUGACAGGUGACCCCUGAGCAGCAGUAAGUCACAUCUCGGGCAAAAGAAUUUCGGUUACAAGAGAAACUCCACUUUAAAAAUGCCAGCUACAGGUCACAUAAAGCCAUCCCUUUUAUUCUAAAGGGCAUAUUGAGAAUGUUUCCCAUUUGUAAAUUGUUCCCUGGUGUCCUUGUUUAAACCAUCCCAACAAAAGGGCAACUUGGUGUGCUGAGGGUCUUUGUGUUUUUCAAAAAGAAAUCAAAAUGUGAAGGAUUGCAGUUGAAGCAGGUCAGCUGUGUCCAGCUAUGCUCAUGGGCUUCUUGUCAUCCUCUGUUGUAGACAUACAGAUAGAGCAAAUGGCCACUCUGUAUUAAAAAGCCAACCCUCAAUGCUGCUGUGUAACGUUGCCUGAUGUCAGUGUCAACUGUGUGAUACCCAGGCUGCCUUUGUACUGAGCUGUGGGGUUCGGAAAAGGCCCUGGGAACCUGCAUCAUCUGUUCUGGUUCUUGUACAGUCUUCAGGCCGAGGCCUGUCUCAUCAGAAGCUUCUCUUUAUAAAAGCAUUAUACUCUAUGGAAUGGCUUGGUCAACUGUGUUCAGUUCAUAAAUCUGUUUUACAUUUUUAUCUGCCUGUUACAAAGACAAACAAACUAUCUUAAUGAGGAAGACCACAGAUGCAUAAUAAAUUAAAGUCUGUAGUUGAAUUUCCUAAUUUAAAGAGUAGACCAAAAUUUCUGUGUAUAAAAAAAAAAAAAUGAAAGGCUCCUAUA